GAUCUGAUAAUUCAAAGUGUAAAUAAUAAACAACAUCUUGGGCUUAGGACACACCUGGCGUAGAACUUAAAGAUACAAAAUGAAUCGUCUAGCAAUUUUUUUCACUGCAGUUUUGGCUCUUGGAUUGGCAGAAGAAAUCGAAGUAAUUGAAAUUGAAUUACCAAGUUAUCUGACCACCUGCCCCCGCAAUUCGGCCGAGCUCGACACCUGCCUGAAGCAGUCGAUUGCGGCCGCGGUGCCUCAACUCCGAUCAGGACACGAACUCCUGGGACUUAGGCCAAUUGACCCUAUGGAACUCUCUGAAUUCAAAACCGGAGUUGACGCCGGACUUAUGCGCAGCAAAUUGGUAGCAAAGGACUUCAAAGUUCACGGAUUGAGCAAUAUGGUCGUCAAGGAUGUCAAAUCUGAAGUGACCGACAAUUCCCUGCUCAUAAACGCCGAAGUGUACUUCCCAAAAGUUCUCAGCGAAGGAUCCUACAAGGGCGACAGCAGCUUUGGAGAUUACCAAAUCAAGAGCCGUGGAAUUUUCAACGUCACCAUGUAUGAUGUGACAGUCACUUGGAAAAUCGAAGGAGCAACUGAAGAACGCGAUGGAGAGACUUACAUGCGCAUCAAACACUUCCGUGUCAGCCCAAAAGUUGGUGAUAUGAAAAUCUAUGCAAGUGGGCUUAUACCCGAUGAAGGACUCAAUAACGCAGCCGUUGCCUUCAUGAACCAAUACUGGCAACCUGCCUUCCAGGCACUUUUACCAUACGCAGAAGAACACGGAGACCAAAUCAUGACAAACUUUGUCAACGAAAUGUUCUUGAGAAUCCCAUUCAACAAAUUAAUGCCAGUUGAAUAAAGCCAAAAUUUAAAUAUGUAUAUAAAAAACAUAUAGUAAAUAAGCAAAAUUAUUUUGAUAUUUUUUGGUGAUUCCA